AUGGUAAAUCGAACCUUGGUAAAUGACUUCAUCAUUCUUGGACUUUCAACCAUAAAGGAGCUUCAAGUGGUCUUCUUCAUUGUCUUUUUUGUAAUGUAUGUUUUAACACUUACUCAACAUAUGGUCAUUAUUGUUGUAAUACAGUCUAACUAUAACCUCCAUACACCUAUGUACUUUUUCCUUGUCAACCUCUCAUUGCUAGAUAUCAGCUUUGUCACUGUCACUGUUCCUAAGAUGUUAGAGAACUUUCUAUCAAGAACAAAAACCAUCUCCAUAAAUGAUUGUUUUGCCCAAAUGUACAUUUUCUUUUUCCUAGGUAGCACUGAAUGUUUUCUAUUAACAAUGAUGGCAUAUGAUAGAUAUCUAGCUAUUUGUAACCCUUUACAUUAUAAUGGAAUUAUGAAUAAAAGAACAUAUACUACAUUUGCAGGGAUCUGCUGGUUUGCUGGUUUCCUUGCACCUAUAUUUCCAUCUAUUUUCACUUUUCGUUUGCCUUUUUGUGGCUCCAAUGUGAUUGAUCAUUUUUUCUGUGAUUCUCCUCCUCUAUUAAAACUUUCUUGCCAAAAUAUUGACACACUUGAGUUAAUUAACUUUGUCUUAGGCUCAUUGAUACUACUAACCUCUUUCUUGAUGACUAUGGUAUCAUACAUUUAUAUAAUUUCUACUAUCUUAAAAAUUCCAACUGCAGAUGGACGGCAGAAAACAUUUUCAACCUGUGUAUCCCAUUUUAUCAUUGUGAUUAUAUUCUAUGGAACUACCAUCUUCACAUAUGUGAGAAUUAGAACCUUAAAUGCUUUUAGUUUUAACAAGAUAGUGUCUUUAAUGUAUUCUGUUAUCACCCCAAUGAUAAAUCCUAUGAUUUAUAGUUUAAGAAACAAGGAUAUCCAACAGGCACUAAAGAAAGUUGUUACAGCUGCUUUGAUGGUAGGUAACCAGCAUACUACAUUUGAAAACAAAGAACUGUGCAGGGAGAAAGAGCAGCUUACUGGAUGUCAGCAGGGUGCACAGGGAGCUAUUAGAAUUCUGUCAUCGUCCAGUCUUAAAGAGUCAGACAAUUCAAAUUGUCUUGCUCAAAUAAAUCAUCUGAAAGAACAGUUAGGUGUAAGAGAGUGUUGA